AUGGGAUACCCAUGCUUCAGCCCAGGUGGCAAAGUCUGCGAGGAAAAGCUGAAAGCAAGGGCUUCUGAAAAGCAACCUUCCCACUACGCCUUUGAUCAGCUGAGCCCAGGAACUGCGCGUCCCGGCCCAGAGGCGCUGCCCAACGGGCCCCCGCAGUCCGGCCGGCCCUCACUUGGUGGCUCUGGAGACUUCUACGACGUUGCUUUCAAGGUCAUGCUGGUGGGGGAUUCCGGUGUGGGGAAGACCUGCCUGCUUGUGCGCUUCAAGGAUGGGGCUUUCCUGGCUGGUACCUUCAUUUCCACUGUGGGCAUCGACUUCCGGAAUAAAGUUCUGGAUGUGGAUGGCAUGAAAGUGAAGCUGCAGAUCUGGGACACAGCAGGUCAGGAGCGGUUCCGAAGUGUCACCCACGCCUACUACCGGGAUGCUCAUGCACUGUUGCUACUCUAUGACAUCACCAACAAGGACUCCUUCGACAACAUUCAGGCCUGGUUGACAGAGAUCCAGGAGUAUGCCCAGCAGGACGUGGUGCUCAUGCUGCUGGGGAACAAGGUCGACUCUACCCAAGAACGUGUGGUAAAGAGGGAAGAUGGGGAGAAACUAGCUAAGGAAUAUGGGCUGCCUUUCAUGGAAACCAGCGCAAAGACUGGCCUCAACGUGGACUUGGCUUUCACUGCCAUAGCAAAGGAGCUGAAACAUCGAUCCAUAAAGGCUCCCAGCCAGCCGCACUUCAGACUGCACGACUAUGUCAAGAAGGAGGGUCAAGGGGUUUCUUGCUGUCGUCUCUGAACCUGGCUGAUCUCAGUUCCACUCUUGAAGAAACAACCCUCCCUUGGACAGUUGUACCCGAAGUCUGUGAUCCAGUGGAUGCUCCUGGUGUGCCCAGGACUCUAGAGGCCAAAUGCCAUCACCCCUUUUGCCCCAGAGGCCAUAACAGAAGUGGUUUUGAAGCAUAUAAAACAUGUCAUGGCACUUUGCUGCCCUCUCCUGGGCAUUUGUAGCUCAGGACAUCAUAGAGCCCAGCUGGUAUCCCACCCAGCAGCCUGCUUCCAGCCCACUCACUGUGAGGCUUAGAGGAAACUAGCAGGUAGUGAGAUCACCAAAAUAAAUGUCGGGACACUACAAACAAGUCACCACCCAGCAGGCUGCCCCAGUCCUUUCCACGUUGUGUUCUCAAACCACAAUUUGAGUAAAAACCUGUCCUCAAAAGUCCCUAUUAAUAAAGAUG